CUGCAAUUCUAGACGUUUCGGCAACCGAUACCAUGUUACUAUAUCCAGACAUAAAAGAUGAGGGCCUUGGGGAUCGGAAUAAUGUCUUUUUGGAUUUUUGGGUGGUGCACAACAUACGGAGGCAAAAAAGCUUUUUUUUAUAAAAACGACGGAUUUGCUGCUUGAAACCUCUCGAGUUUGUGUCUAGUACUUUUGACUCCAAUCCCCUCCACAAAGACUCGAACAUGUCGUCACCAACAAACCAAAAGACCGCUCAGGUCCAGAACCAAGUGGACGAGGUCAUUGGCAUCAUGCACAACAAUAUCGAGAAAGUCAUGGCUCGCGGUGAACGACUCGAAUCCCUACAAAACAAGACGGAUGAUCUUCAGCAAGGGGCGUUGCAGUUUAAAAGGGGGGCUACCAAAGUUCGGAGGCAAAUGUGGUGGAAGGAUUUGAAGCUCAAACUCAUCAUUGCGGCUAUUGUGAUUGUGAUUUUGAUUGUUAUUAUCGUUCCGGUUGUCAAGAGUGUUCAGGGGAGUGGACCAAACAAGGGUUAAGGAGGAUGUAUGGAAGGCGAUUUGUGGUGUUUUUAGCUGGAGGACUUUGAGGCGAUAAAGGAUGGUGGUGUUUAAGGCCCUAUCAGUCUCGGCCAUUGUCCGAGCAGUCUUUUUUAUAAUGUUACCCGUUUGUUUUUUUCUCCAAAGCUACCUUUUACGCUUCUCCUGUCAUUUCCCAGUGUCCACUGAAGGGUAGGGGGUUAUGAGCACUG